CUCGUUCGCUGUAUCCAGUUCUUAUUAUACAUCCAUGCCACCACUAAGGUUAUAAUGUAAGUUUAAAUGUUAUCAAAUUAAGUCUUGAAAACACAUGACCUUUUCUCUUUGACUCCACUGUCUAAUCAAAAUGGAAGUGCUCGACGCUUUCUAAAUUGUUUUUGAUGUUUCUUUCCUCUGAGCCUGUCUACUGACACCCAUGGUAACAUUGUGUAUUCAGAAAUGAUUUCACUUAUUUUCCUUAACCUUAAUGCGCGUUCCAGUCAGUGCUACAAGGAGGACGGUACCUCUAAGAACCCAGACUGCCCGGUGUGCAGUAAAUCCCUCAACAAGUUGGCCCAGCCGCUUCCCAUGGCCCACUGCGCCAACUCCAGACUAGUGUGUAAGAUCUCUGGGGAGGUCAUGAACGAAAACAACCCCCCGAUGAUGCUGCCUAAUGGAUAUGUCUAUGGUUACAAUUCCCUUUUGUCCAUCCGCCAAGACGACAAAGUGGUGUGUCCCAGAACCAAAGAAGUCUUCAACUUCUCUCAGGCUGAGAAGGUCUACAUCAUGUGAUCACCCAGAUAACCCGUCUGAAGAUUAACAUGAUCGCAUACAUCGUUCAUCACCUGGCUUACUCAGAGGGCCACCUGUGGAGCUGUGAUCCAGAAACCCCCCCACCCUCCCAGACACACCCGGCAUUUGUCACUACCCCCUCCCUCCCCCCGCUCCUCAAAAAUGAUCAUCUCAAGUUCUUCAGUUUCUUUCUUCCUUUUAUUUUAUCACACAGAAACUGGGAUCCUCUCCUUUCAGACUCUGAGAAAGAGGUUGAAUGAUCUGAUUCAUUGAAGCACAUGGACUAUCCACAUCGUCAUGAUCUCAAAGGCCCUCGCUGUGAAAUGUACAGAACAAGGACUGAGGGGAUGCUAGUUAGACGUUUGAUUUUAUUACAACAAAUAAAAAACCUUGUUGAGGUUAUUUUGACUGUGUUUUUUUGUUACUAAAAUAACAUGUGGCCGGUCUGUGAUAACCGGCUAUCCAUAUAAACACAUGACUUUUGGGCAAAACAAACAUGUCUGCCUCCUGUUCGUGUGGUAGCAUCUCGUUCUGUAAUGCAUGCUGUUGACAUCCUUUGUCUUCUAGCCAUGUUGUUGGGUGGAUUGUUGGGGGGAUAUAUGUUAAAUGCCUCUACUAAACUGCCUACUUUCUUUGCAUUUCAUCCCCCUUGGUUGUGUGAACCGGAGCCUGAUUUGGGCCGCUGUAGGCUUCUUUUCAAAUGUAAAUAUUAGAUAGGAAUUGAUCAUCCUCGUGUGUAAAUUCAGAGGUUUUGGGGACAAGUUACAACGACAAAGAUUAACUUUCUACAAAGAUUGCUGUGUGAAAUGAACAAGUCUUUUUUUGGUGGCGUUUACCUCAAAUUGGAUGUUCAGUAAGACUUCUCACUUCUGAGGAAGCUUUCAUUAUUCAACAAACUUGUAUACAUUGAUUACGGUGUAUUUACUACCAUAAUGAAGUUUACACAACAUUCAAACAAGACAACCAUCUUUGAUGUUUUUUUUAAAUUGAGCAAAUCGUCUUCCUUUUUUGUGUUUGGUUUGCCAUUUUUAGUUAAUUUCAACAAAUGUCUCAUUACUUCACCUAACAGAAAAGUGUGUUUCUGUGAACUUAACAUAUGUAUGUUUGUUUAAAGAUAAAACCCUAGAUGUGUUAAGUUGAUUCAACAUUUCCCAAAUAGUUUUAAUUUCAUAACUAUUUUUCCAACAAUAAAGAGACACUGCUGAUAUUUUUUCUCUAUGACUUUAAAAACCUAAUGUAGAUGACGGAUGGAUAUGUGAUCGGACCUAGAUGUACACAAAUUUGGACUCAAGUGACAACUAAUGCACAAAUUGUGAAGAAUCUACCCGUAAACACCCACAUUAAGAAAUCCAAAAAUGCAGUUUUAUGUUGAUCAGUCUUUUGGUCAAUCAUUUCUUCCAUUUUUUUUUCUUUCAACAAACCAAAAGUUGCCUCAUUUGUGUCCAUAAAUGAUUUGGAAGUGUAUCUGUAAACGACACAGACUGUCCUGUGUGUUUGUGUUGGUAGAAUAGAUAAAGGGAUUGUUUCAUGAGCAACAUGCCUCAUAAAGAUUUCAGUGAACUUU